AUGUUUGAAUUUCUUUUAUUCUUAAAAUCAUUAAUUUAUGUUAUAAUUGAUUAUAUUUAUAAUAAUUAUUUAAUUAAAUUUAAGAAACAUUAUUGGAAAUUAGGUAUAAAUUUAACUAAGAAUCAAAAAAAAUUUAUAAUAUGGCCAAUUUCAAUUGUUUUUAUAUUAUCUUAUCCCUCCAUAUAUUCAAUUUAUAAUUCCGGGAUUGAUGAAGUAAUAAAUGGGAAUGGAUCAUUACAAAUUAAAGAUAUUGGAUUCCAAAGUCAGAAUUUUGAUAUAAAUAAUCUAAAUACAUUAUCAUUAAAACAAAUUUGGUUAACACCAAAUAUAAAAGAAUCAUCUUCAUCAAAUAUUUUAAAUAAAUCAAUAUUAAUUGAUUGUUUAAAUUUUCAAAAUCAAUUAUUAACAAAUAUAAAUAAUAAUGAUGAAAAUUUUGCAUAUAUUCAUACUCCUUUAAUAACUUGGAAUAAUGAUUUAACUUUAUUAGAUCUGGAAAAAAACCCAAUUAAAUCAAUAAGGCAAAAUAGUCAAAUUUGGGAUAAUGGAUUAUUAUCUGGUGUGGUUAAGAUUAAUGGAUUAAUUAAAUCUGCAGAUUCUCUUAGAAUCUUGAUUUUUUAUAAAGAAUCGAAAAAUGGAAUUGAUGCAGGAAGUACAUGGGAUCAAAAUUUACAAAAUUUACAAGAAAAUUCAGAUUUUAAAAUGUUCAAAUUCCAUAAUGAACAAAGUUCUACAAUGAAAUCAUUUUUCCUAAAAUUAACUAAAAUGAAUUCUUUAGAUCAUUUAAUAUUAAAUGGAUCAUAUCUAUUAAUUAUGAUUUAUUUUUUAAUCUCAUUAACAAAUUUAAAAUAUGUUCAAUCAAAAAUUGGAUUAUUAUUUGCAUUUAUCAUUGAAAUUUCAUUAUCAAUUUUAUCUUCUGCCACUAUAACAAGUUUUUUAUUUCAAGGUGGUGUUGAUUUUAAAGAAAUUCAUUUAGAAUUCUUACCAUUUAUUAUUAUUGUUGUUGGUAUUGAAAAUACAUUUAGAUUAAUUAAUUCAAUUUCACAAACACCAGUUGAACAAUCUAUUCAAUUAAGAGUAUCACAAGGGUUAUCAGAUGUUGGAUUAACGUCAACGCUGGUCUCUUUGUUAGAUUUGAUUUUAUUAAUCUUGAUUUAUCCAUUUGUUUCAAUUAAUACUCAAAAAUUUUUAAUAUUUGCAAGUAUAACAUUAAUUAUUGAUCAUUUUCUACAUUUAACUUUCUUUGCUGCGGUUUUAAGUGUUGAUAUUCAUAGAUUAGAACUUGAUGAAUUACUUAAUAAUAGAGAUUCCAAGAAAAAUAAUAUUUAUGAUUCAUUAAAUUCAACUUCAGAAAAUUCAAAAUUAUUUAAAAUUAUAAAAUUUAUUAAAAAUAUUAAAUUACCAAUAUCUACAACUGCAACUGGUACAAUUGUUAUAAUUUUAUUUUUAAUUAUUACAAAUAUAAGAUGGACUGAUAAUAAUAUAUGGUCAAACUUGUUGCCCACAUCUCAUUCUCAGAAUUCAAUCAAUAAUGAUCCAUUAAAUUUAAUUAAAAAUGAUGAUGUAUUAAUAAAUUUCAUUGAUAAAAAAUCACUAAGCUCAGAAAUUAUCAAUCUUUCUUAUAAAAACAAUGAAAAAGAUUUAUCAAAAGUUUUAAUUAAAAUUUAUGAACCAAAAAUUAUUUCACAUGGUCCAACAAGAGUUGAAAACUUUGAUUUUACAUUAAAUACAACUUAUAAAUUUGAUUUAUAUUAUGUUUUAGAAUUUUUAACAUCUUUAGCAUUUAUAUUAUCAAUUAUUUUACUUAUUUUGAAAAUUUUCCAAAUUGAUAAUCCAAUUUCAGAAAAUUUGAAUGAUCCAAAUUCAAAAGAAAUUUCAAAAUUAAAACAACAUUCUUUUAAUUCUAAAAUUUUAACUGGUGGUCAUUUUUUAGAUAUUAUUAAAAUUGAAACUUCACGUUCUCCAUUCAUCGUUUCAAUUGGAUUAGAUCAUAAAUUAUUAGUUUGGUCUCCUGCAUCUCAACCAAUGCCAGUUCCAUCUCAAUUACCAAUAAAUUCUUCAAUUUGGCCAAUAACUCAUGUUACUUACAAUGACUUGGAUUUGGAAAUUAAAAUUAAUGAAUUAGAAAAUACAAAACCCCUUGAAGCUUUUUUCAGAAUUAAAACUAUACCAGCUUUUUUACAAAGAAAAUUAAAUUUAAAUUCAAAAAUUCAAAAUACUUCAGCUCCAAGUUCAAGAAGAAAUAGUAUGAGAUCUAUUGCAUCACCUGCUUUAAUACCCUCAGGUUUAUCUUUUACUAAUACCGCAGGUGCACAUACUGAUUUAAAAGAAUUAGUUAUAAUAUUAAAAGAUGGCCGUGUUGCCAGAUUAUCAUGUGAAGAUGGUUCAUUAACUUUUGAAAAAUUAACAAAUUCAAAAUUAGUUUCAAGUGCAAAAUUAAUUACACCAAGAGUUAAUGAUAGAUUAGUUAGUUUUACUGAAGAUGGUAAAGUUUUAUUAUCUACUGCUGUUAAUAAUAAAUGGAAAACAAGAAUUGUUCAUAUUGAUGAAUAUAAAUUUAAUAAUCCUGAAGCUUUUUCAACUCCUCCACCACAACCAUUACCACCUAAUGAUUUAAGGAAUUCUGAAAUUGAUAAGGAAAAAUUAACCAAAGAGUUUAGUAAAUCUGAAAUUGCAAUUGUUCCAUUUGUUGGGUUUAUUGUUAGAACUCAUGGGAUUUUUGCUGAAAUUAUUGAUGUUCAAACUGGUAUAUUAAUGAAAAGAUUUAAAAUUCAAAAUUUAAAAAAAGAUUCAUUACAUGUUUUCCAUGAUCAACCAACUCAUUGUCGAUUUUGUGGUUCUGUUUCAAUAACUUCAUUUACUAUUGUUUAUACAACUGAAAAAAAUAGUGUUAUUAUGCAUACUUUUAACGUUGAUCAUAAGGCUAAAACAAGUAUUUGUCUUCGUGUGGAAAGAGAUCCAAGAGAAAUUAGAUGUGUUGGGUUUGAUCAAGUUACUGAACAUAAACAUGAAUUGAAAAAUGUUGAAGGUUGGAGUUGUACAGAUAAAAAUCAAAUUGUUGGUAUUAGAAGGAAAACUGAAGAUGAAGUUAAAAAAUCUUUGGAAAAAUCAGAAAAAAUUUCUACAUUAAGAAGAAGAAAAAAUUUAAAUAAAAAUUUUAAUCAAAAUUUUGAUCAAAAUGCUCCAAGACUUCAUGAUUUAUGGGAAGGUUGGUCAAUGGCUGCUGAUGGUAAAGUUGAUUAUUAUGAAAUUCCAGAUGAAGGAAGUUCUGGUGGAUUAUUAGUUAAUAGUAUUGGACAAAUUAAUUCAUUUGGUCAUAAAUCUAUUGUUGUGGCAUUUGGUAAUAUUAUGAGAGUUUUAUAUUUAGGUAAUGAUAAUUUAAUUUAUAAUGAUGAAGAUCAUAAUCAAAAAAAUGAAAUUAGUGGAUUAAAUUUUGUUAAUAAAAGAAGAAAAAAUUUAAGAAAAAUUGAUAAUUUAACUUCAACUAAUUUUAGUGAAAUUGAUACUGUUCCUGGUAUUUCGGAAUUAGCAUUAUAA